AUCGCAGGGGGCAACUUCUCUUCACUUCGCCGACAGACAGCAGACGUUGUGAGACACCGACCUACUGCUGGUUCCGUUGUUCAUUCACCUCGCCGUAGUUUUCUUACUUAAAAGCAAGGUUCAUUUUGAAUUUGUCCAAUUUCUUUUGAGGGGACACACACACACAAAACCGCGACUUGAAGUCGCAGGCUUCUGUUUUUGGGAAUGCUUCCUCAGUUUGCUAGCAAGAGCAGACAGCGACAGUCCUGUUUGUCAAUUGACAUCUGAAGACAUGUUGUCCUGGACUCUGCCUCACUGGAAAGUACUGCUGCUGAUUGUGCUGCUGUGGGACUGCAUAUGUGCCUCAGGACUCAAACCCACGAGAUUGCCACUGUAUUCACAAAAGCCUCUGCUCCUCGCUUGGAAUGCCCCGACUGAGGACUGUGGCCCGCGGCAUGGUAUUCGCUUUCAGCUGGAUCUUUUCCAGAUUGUGGCCUCUCCCAAUGAGGGCUUUGUUAGGCAGAACCUCACCAUCUUCUAUGGGGACCGCUUAGGCUUCUACCCCUACUUUAAAUCGGAUGAAACCGCAAUGAACGGGGGGCUGCCACAGGUGGCCAGUCUAUCCAAGCACCUGGAGAAGAUGCCAGAGGGAGUGCAGAAAUACAUAAGGGAACCAGGGGCCAAGGGUCUGGCCGUUAUUGACUGGGAGGAGUGGCGCCCACUCUGGAUACGUAACUGGGAAACCAAAGACGUGUACCGCAGACAUUCUCGUGAGUUGGUGCGUCAGAAGAACCCCACGUGGUCUCCGGAGCAGGUGGGAAGAGUGGCCCAGCAGGAGUUUGAGAUGUCUGCCAGGAAGUUCAUGCUGGAGACGCUGAGGAACGCCAAGAACCUGAGGCCGAACCAGCUGUGGGGGUUCUACCUGUUCCCCGAUUGCUACAACCACGACUACAGGCGCACUUUGGAGAACUACACGGGCCGCUGUCCGGAUGUGGAGGUGGCCCGCAACGAGCAGCUGAAAUGGUUGUGGACUGAGAGCACGGCCCUCUUCCCCUCCAUCUACAUGGCCACGGUGCUGCGUUCCUCAGACUCCGGACGUCAGUUUGUUCGGAACCGAGUGAAGGAGGGGAUGCGUCUGGCGUCGUCAGGCGACGGGUUGGCACGUCCUGUCUUUGUGUACGCCCGGCCCACCUACACCAACUCCCUGGAACAGCUGACAGAGACCGACCUCGUCUCCACCAUCGGGGAGAGCGUGGCUUUGGGAGCAGCUGGAAUCAUCAUGUGGGGAGAUGCAGCGUAUGCAAGCAGCAGAAACAGCUGCUCUGACCUGGACUCGUAUCUGCGGGGUUCCCUGACUCAAUACCUCCUCAACGUCUCCACGGCAGCAGAGCUCUGCAGCCAGACGUUGUGUGGUUCUCACGGCCGCUGUCUGCGCAAAAAUCCAGACAGCGAUGUUUACCUGCAUCUGAACCCUGCCAGCCACUCCAUCGCCACGCAGCGCGGCAAGCUGGCGGUCUUCGGUAAGCUCGGCGAAGGAGAGAAGAGACGUUUUCAAACCCAGUUUCAGUGCCAGUGCUACAGCGGCUACAGGGGAGAGGGCUGCGAUCAGACGGACCUUCUACACCAAAGGGGGACGGCGUCUCAAAUCACGGCGCCGGCAUUGCAAUGUGUAAUCUUACUGAUCAUCGCUCUGCUCCUCUGUUAACGCACCAUAAAUACUCUCGAUAUGGCUGUGUUUUAUACGUCGAGAGCAUACAGGAUAACGUGAGAACUUCAAGGGUUGAGGACUGUCCUUUUCAACAACAAGAAAAGUUUAAUUCCUGUAAAAUAUAGAAGAUACUAAGUGAAAUUGGAAAAUAAACACUGUUGGAAUUGCAAAGUUAUAUUUGUUUAGAACAUUUAAUCUGUUUUUUAAACAAUGGAGGGCUCGCUGGAAAUGAACUUGUUUACGUUUUGCUCUCAGCUUCCUCUUGGUCUCUGUUUCCCAACGUGUCAAAUUCCAUGUUUCUCAUGGAGAGGACAUUUGAUGCACUUAAGUCUGGUAAUAGCACAAUAGAUUGUAAGUGCAUUAUCUUUUUUCAACAUGACCUCUGACAUCUGAUGUUUUUCUGCAGGCCAUAAUAGUAUUACUAUUUAUUUGAAUGUAUUUUUCUGUGAUUUGUAUGAUAUUUUCUUAUAUUUGUGUCCAAAACAUGACUACUAGUUUUCUCUUAAAACAGUAUUUUCUGUAUUUCAGGAGCUAUUUUACAUGUAUAAAGCAAGUACUGCCACUUUA